UGAAGUUAUCGGAAUUUUGGAUCUUUUUGUAACCCGUCUUUUGAUUCCGCCGUUUUGCGUCUCAAGUGUUCACGGCGGCGACCUCCAUGGAGGACGACGGUAACCUCCGAAACAACCACCACAACAACUUCCACGGUAGUUCCGGUAACCGUUUAUCAGCCGAAUCUUUGCCUUUAAUCGAUACGCGUCUCUUGUCUCAGUCAGAACUUCGCGCCCUCUCUCAGUGUUCUUCUCUCUCUCCGUCUUCUUCAGCGUCUCUCGCUACUUCCGCCGGUGGAGACGACGAUUUGACACCAAAGAUUGAUCGCUCCGUUUUCAAUGAGUCCGCUGGUAGCCGGAAACAGACGUUUCAACGUCUUCGCCUUUCGCGCCACCCUCAACCACCGGAACCUCCGUCUCCGCAACGUCAAAGAGACGAUUCCUCCCGUGAAGAGCAAUCACAAGUCGCGUCGCUUCUCAGAUCUCUGUUUAACGUCGAUUCGAUUCAGAGUAAAGAGGAAGAAGACGAAGGAGGAGAAGAAGAAGAAAUCGAAGAAACCGAAGGUCAGAUCCAUUAUAACAGCUAUGUUUAUCAGAGACCGAAUCCUGAUUCGAUUCAGCACGUUCUGAUUCAGGGAACCUCCGGGAGUGAAAUCAAGAGGAAACGAGGACGGCCGAGGAAGAUUCGGAACCCUAGCGAAGAGACGGAUGCUAUGGAUUUAAAUGUUGAAGCGUCAAUGUAUGCGUCUGUAGAUAUCAAUUUGGGAAUGGAGAGUAGAUAUGGUGAUUCAGGAACCUCCAUGGAUUCAAUUUCAGUCAAGAGAAAGAGAGGUCGUCCUCCAAAGAAUAGAAAUGCAGUGAACUGGAGAAGCGAAGAGAAGGAAGAGCUAGUGAACUUGGAGAACAGAGAAAGUACAAUGGUGGAUGUCUCUGCAUUGGAUAAGGAGGAGUUAGUGAAUUUGGAGAACAGAGAAGGUGCAAUGGUUGAUCUUUCAGCAUUGGCUAAUGUUUCAGAGGAUCCAUAUGGAGAAGAGCUGAGGAGGAUCACUGUUGGGUUGAAUACAAAGGAAGAGAUCUUAGGUUUCUUGGAACAAUUGAAUGGUGAAUGGGUGAAUAUAGGGAAAACGAAGAAAGUUGUGAAAGCUUGUGAUUUUGGGGGAUACUUGCCUAAAGGAUGGAAACUUAUGCUCUAUAUCAAAAGGAAAGGUAGCAAUAUGUUGCUGGCUUGUCGCAGAUACGUAAGUCCUGAUGGGCAACAGUUUGAAACCUGCAAGGAAAUCUCCACGUAUCUGCAAUUUCUUCUUGUAUCCCGAAGCAAGAACCGGCUCAAUUCUUUGCAAUCUUACAACAAAACUCUAGGUCAACAACCAUUGAUGGCUAACGAAUCUCUACUAGGUAACUCUGAUGCCAUGGACUUGUCUGUUCCAAACUCUAUAACAAACCACAACCUAGAGAUUGGAAAAAGGGUCGGUGAUGUGUUUGAGGAAGCAAAAGUUGUAGAAAAUGGCGAUGUAGCUGAGCCAGUGAAAACCAGUCUGGUGGAGAAAGAUAAUAAUGCAGGUUUUCUGAAUGGAGACGAUGACAGUGUUAAUAUGAAGAACAUAGAUGAUGAUAACAUGGAGAAUUUGGCAGAUCUAUCGAACCGAAAAGACCGAGAAAAAAUUAUGAAAGGCCUGUCAACGGCGACUGAGGAGCAUCAACAGUAUCUCAGCUCUCAAAUCCACUGAGUUCUGUGACCAGCUCGUUUAUCUUGAACAAAUUUCUCAUUAUAGUUCAGAUUUUAUGUUUCAUGCAAAACUAAAGCAUGUUUUUAGCUAACAACAGGAUACAGGUAGAGUCAAUGUACAAAUGGCAGAAACCAAAUUGUUUCUUCAAGAAUCAAGAUCGAAAGAAAAAUUCAGUGGUUUUUUUUUUGAUU